GGAAUUAUAUUUUAUCAUUAUUAUUAGCACAUAAUAGUAAUUGAAGAGGAGAGUGGCGUCUUCGUUAUUGCGGGUCGCCUUGUCUCUGAUCAAACCCUUCUCCACCUCUUCGACUGCUCUUCUACUUCUUCUUCUUCUUAUUGUUUAUUAUAAUCCCAAUCGACCAGAUCGGACCUUUUUCCUGUUUCCUCCGCCGACACAAUCACUGAAUCUAAGUUAAGGGCCUACUGAUCAUCCUGCACUCGUUAGAGGACAUAUCUUCAGAAUGAGUUUGCAGCAAGCUGUUCAGCCUCGGUCUGCUGCUAAUGGUUUUGGCCGUCGUAGAACUGAGAAAGAUGGUGGCCCUAGAUUAGAUAGUAAGUUGCAGACUGUGAAAGCAAAUCCAAGUCGCUCAAGUAGUGUAGUUGUUUCAGGCAAAGAGGGAGGAUAUGCAAGCCCUUCACGGGAACGUCUAGUUUAUUUGACUACUUGUCUUGUUGGGCAUCAAGUAGAAGUCCAGGUGGUGGAUGGCUCAGCUUUUUCUGGAAUACUUCAUGCGACGAAUGCUGAGAAAGAUUUCGGGAUUGUUCUGAAAAUGGCUCGUUUAGUUAGAGAUGGCUCAAGAGGACAAAAGAACAUGACAGAUUCUAUUAACAAGCCACCUUCAAAGACUUUGAUCAUACCUGCCAAAGAGCUUGUGCAAGUUAUAGCAAAGGGUGUCCCUGUGACUAGGGAUGGAUUGGGAAAUGAGCUCCAACGUGAAAAGCAUCAGGAGAUUCUGAUAGAUUCGUUCAUAUCACAAUCACGGCGUGCUGAAAAUGAUAGGGAGUUGGAACGCUGGGUCCCUGAAGAUGAUGAUCCUGUCUGUCCAGAAUUGGAGAACAUAUUUGAUGGUCACUGGGAUAGGGGCUGGGAUCAAUUUCAAGCAAAUGAAACUUUAUUUGGAGUGAAAAGCACUUUCAAUGAGGAACUUUACACAACAAAACUUGAAAAGGGUCCACAGAUGAAAGACUUAGAAAGGGAAGCUUUAAGAAUAGCUAGAGAAAUAGAGGGAGAAGACACCCAUGAUCUCCAUUUAGCUGAGGAAAGAGGAUUACAACUGCAUGAAAAAUUUGAAGUUGACGAAGAAACCAAAUUCUCGUCAGUUUUUAGAGUGGUUGACGACAGUGGAUGUGAUGACAUUUUGUUGGAUACUCACAAUAAUGAAACAUUUGGAGGUGGCUAUGUUUCUGGAAUUGGGAAGUCAUUUGUUGACUUGGCUAGUGUCAAUUCUAGUAAUGGAGCUCAACUGUCCACAAGAUCUUCACCUUUGGAGGAAGCACACUCAGCUCAGUCAAGUACCAGUAGGGAAGUACAUCAAUCUGGUUCGGAUGAUCAUUUUAGACAGUUAUCAGCUGGACAUUUGUCUAAAGAUUCUUUAAAUGUCGGAGAUAGCAGGGCUUACGAGAACCAGUUUGCUGACCAUGAUGCAGGAAAUGAAAUGGUGUCUGAGGAGGCUCAAAGUUCAAAACCUGAGGACUCACGGUCAUCACAAAGGUCAAAAUUAGAAAGCAGUGACAAAGGUGGCUUAUCUGCAAAUGCCACUGCAUAUGCUCCAUCACGUGUAUCAUCUAAAAAUCAGGAAAAGGCAAGUUCUAAUGAACUCUCAGAUGUUAUCAGUUCUUCGAUGGCACAUGGCACGGUACAAUCUGUCAGCUCUCGGGUACGUCCUAGCAGUUCUGCCUCAUCCAGUUCAGACUUUGGAGGUGGUGCGUCUGCUUCUGGUGGUCCUGGAUUAUCUCCCAGCUCAUCAAUGGGUUCACUGUCCUCUGAAAAAUCAACACUGAACCCACAUGCUAAGGAAUUCAAACUAAAUCCGAAUGCAAAGAGUUUCAUACCUUCUCAGACGCCAUUGAGACCUCCAUCUCCGGUAUCUGAUGGUUCAUUUUAUUAUCCAACUAGUAUGGCUGCUAUACCGAACAUGCAUGGCAUGCCUGUUGGCAUAGGGAUUGGCCCCACAUUUACUUCACACCAGCCUGUUAUGUUCAAUCCACAGGCUGCUCCAACACCGCAACCGUAUUUUCAUCCAGGUGGACCUCAGUACGGACGACAAAUGAUGAUUAGUCAUCCUCAGCAAGUCGUGUACAUGCCAACAACUUAUAACCCUGAAAUGCCGUACAAAGGAAGAGAGUUUUAGCUUUUUGGUUGAAAAUUUGUUUGAAGUUGUUCAUCCAUCUGAUGAUAGGGAAUAAAUUUCUGACACCAGUCUGCUUGGAACUAAACUUUUUUGGAAAAUGAGCCCGGCAGCUGACAAAAAGAUCCAGUAGCCUAUAAAAGCACAUUACUGAGCAAGGAAAUAGUAAUCAUCUAUCGUUUCCGGGAAAAAAAAAAAAAAAAAAGAGAGCAAGGAAAUAGUAGUAUUAGUUACGAGGAUUUAAUGCAGUCUUGUAUGACUUGUCCUUUUACAGUGUCUGAAAGUCGUGUUCUUUGACCCUUUGUUUUCCUCUGUUUUGGCUAGGUGCUUUUUCUGACAAAUUUUACUGUCUUCUUUGUUUCUUGGCUGAGACUUUGGCAUUGUAUUACUAUUACGUUCUCAUUUUUUUUCUCCCGCCUUUCAAUCUAUACAAUGUCAUGACUGUGGUAGAUAGGGAAUUGAUGAUCGUGGAAGCAUUUUUUCUGUUGCUCGGUGGGGAA